UAUGAGCCACGAUCUGAACUAGCUGCCCGCAGACAACUACGGCAAAAGAGAGCGCAAGAAUGCACUUCAGCAACAUUUCUGCAGGUAAGGAUAUUUGAGGAAUAAUCGUAACAACAUGUCUGAGACUCAUGGGUAUGACGUUGGAUCGUCACCUGUCCUCAACAAGACUGGGGCACCAGUGGACGAACAGACUCUGAGACGCUACAAGUGUGUGUUCUGUGGUCUACUGUUGAGAGAGGCCUGCCAGAUGGCGUGCGGCGACAGGACCUGCCGAGUCUGCCUUCCUCAGGAGCUGUUCCAGUGCCCAGUGUGUCAAGAGAAGAUUGACCCAACAAAGCCUCAACAGUUUUUCCCAGACAAGAGUUGCCAGAAUGACAUGAAGACAUUUCAGGUCAAGUGUGGCUGUGGCUGGCAAGGUCCACUGCUAGACUGGGAGGCUCACCAGCAGACAUGCCCUGCAAAUGACUUACCAGAGUCUGCCACUCUUCAGGUAAGUACAGUAUUGAAGGCACAUGAAAGGUACAUAUGUGCCUAAAGUACCAUGUCACCUAACCAGUGUGUGACUACACCUCAAGAAGGGAGAGGCCUGUGAGAGGCAUAAUAUUUUAUUCAUUCUCGGGGUAUAGGAGGAUUGGUUUAGUUGCUGUCUCUGCAGGUUGCAGAGGUGAGGAAGAUGAGGUCGGAGGUCACUGAGCUAAAGAAAAUGGUUGUCACUACAAAGAGCAAAGUGGAGUCUCUGACCACACAGGUGCAAGAGGUGAAGGAAUUGGUACAGGGAGCUCAGUUUGGUGGAGGAGGAGGAGGAGGAGGAGGGGCUGUGGGAGCUGAAGCCACGCCCACUACGAAGCGACUGAGUGACAAGUACACGCAGCUGAAUGACAUUGUCAGUCAGCUGGUGGCAGACGUGGAGCAACACAAGGGAACCAUCACCCAGAUGACUUCCGCCGUUGACAAGCUAAACCAGAGCAUCCCUCGCUACGACUCCAUUCUCGAGGAGCUCAAUCUGAAGAUCGAGAUCAUGGAGGUUAAAUCUACCACCGGCGUGUACAUCUGGAAGGUGAACGAGCUCCAGCGACGCUACCAAGACGCACGAAUCGGGAAAACUGUGUCACUCUACAGUCCGCCGUUUUACACCACCAUUCACGGAUACCGCCUGUGUCUGAGGUGCUAUCUGUAUGGGGAUGGACAGGGGAAGGGGACGCAUAUAUCGCUUUUUGUUGUCCUCAUGAGAGGCGAGUACGACGACCUCCUGGCGUGGCCGUUUUCCCACCGAGUCUCGUUGAGUCUAAUUAACCAGGAUCAUCCCCUCAGCCCGGAGAAGGCCAUCACUCACAAGUUCGUACCAAACAGUGACAGCAGCAGUUUCCAGAAGCCGAAAGACACUUUCAACAUAGCCAGCGGUUUCCCCGAGUUUGCCCCUCUCAAUAUCAUCUCAAACCCUUCGUUUGUCAAGAACGACACCAUCUAUUUCCGAGUGAAACUGGAUUCACCCGAUUCACCGACUGGGCCAGAUACUGUCAUGGUAUGAUGAUUAACUAUCAUUCAUGUGGUAAUGUAAGUUGUGUUGCAUGUAACUCUAUACAUACAAAAACGCACAAAGACACUUACCUACUUUUUUCCUACACGUUCUGUAUAAUAAUUAUCAAUGGAUUGUUUUGGUAAGCUUAAUAAAAUUAUUUUUUACGCAUGCAUUUUCUCAUGUUGUGUGCGCAAUAAUUGUGUGAGUGUCGUAGGUGAUAUAGAUCAUGGGG